AUGAUGGAGCUGGACAGUCUUGGCAACGUUGUAGUUGCAACUUUAGAUGAAAAAAAAGCACCUAUCAGCAUCGUAGUAAAACAAAAAGAUGGAAAAUGUUCUGCUGAAGAAGUAUUCAAGAAAGCUUGUAAAGCCUUAGGCCUUAAAGAGAAAUCUACAAAAUAUUUUACCCUUUUACAAGGUAGUGCUUACCCUAUUAAGAAGUUUAACCAUACAGAUGAAAUUGAUUGCAAAAUCAAAGAUCUGACCAUCCAAAAGUGGUGUUUUGAUCAAGCUGCUGAGAAGUCAUUGUUAACUAAAGAUGAAAUUGCACUUCAUUUGGUGUUCAUUCAGGCACAGAAUGCAAUUAAAAAAGGAUUCUUGAAAUGUACCUCAGAGCAGACACAUAAACUAGAAGAAUUUUUAGACCCAAGCUUCCAUCUUGAGAAUCAGUAUGUUGCCCUGUGCCAAAACCUGAGUCUGUAUAACCAUGCUGUUAUUUCACCUUGCUCAUUAUGUGUCACACUCCAGACACAGAAUAUAAAGAUAGAUAAAGACAUUAAGUUCACCUUAUUAGUAGGACUCAAGGGUCUUGAACUAUGCACAGAUACUCAAAGAUAUUGGGUAGCAUGGCCAAAUAUCAAGUCAUGGUUCAGGGAGAAAAAACAAGAAUCUAUAGGGUACCAGAUGCAAUCAAAUGAUGGGGUGGUCCAUUUGCUUCACUUUGCAACCAACCAAGCACCUUAUUUGUUGGCGGUUACUAUGGAGAUCAUCAAGGUUCUACAGAGGGAACAAGAUGAACACAUCUUCAUGGAGACAUCAAUGGUGAAAAAACAUGAUGAAGUCAUGACCCACUGGGACAAUAGUUUAUUUAAUCCAGAUAUGACCAAGAACAGUGUACAAUCCAAUAAUGACUCAGGAGCAAUUAAUCUGGCUCAUAUAGAUGACAUAAAGGCUCAGUGAUUUGAUAUAAUCCUACACUUAGUGUACUAUAGUAUAAUAACAUCAAAAAAUAAAU